AAGGACCGAAAACGUUGAAGAGCUAUAAACCAAAAAGGACCUAAAAAAAUAGCCAUAUCCAUCUAAGGCCAACUUUGCCUGAGGGAGUUGAAACCUUAGUUUCUGUAUAAUUUCAAAAUUUAUAAACGGGCAAUUUCAGAUGGUUUGUUAUAAAUCAUGUCAGUACCGAAGUACUAACUACUGAGCUGAUGAUACCCUCGGACAGCUUACUUGAUAGGGAUGAUGACUGGAAUGACUUAUAAGUUUAAAGAAUUAAAUGCAUGCUGUUUGGAUAUUUCUAACCCUAACCCAAAAGGUUAUUCUUGCUAUUGACAUGGCUACAGCAGACGAUUCGUCCAUUACUACCACUCCUGGAGACAGUACAUUGAUGGUUGUGGCAUUAGAUUUCGGUACCACAUACUCUGGGUAUGCAUUCUCCUUCCGUAAAAAUCCGCAUGUUAUUUAUGCAAACCAGCAAUGGGAUAGUGGAAAAUAUCACCUGAACUCGUACAAAACACCAACGUGCGUUGUUAUCAACAAAGACAAUGCAGAAGAGUUCUUUUUUGGAUAUGAUGCUGAAAACGAAUAUGCAGACAUCCAAACAGACAACGAGACGGAUAGAUAUUUCUUCUUUGACAGAUUUAAGAUGCAACUUCAUUUACGUAAAGAUGUAUCAGAAAGCAUGAAGAUUUUUGAUAUAAGAGGAGGCUCACUUCCGGCUAUAGCAGUCUUCUCUACGGCAAUUCGAGCACUUAAAGACCACGCACUAAAACAUGUCGAAAGAGGAGGGAACCAUAUAAAGUUAGAGGACAUAAAAUGGGUUCUUACUGUCCCCGCUAUUUGGACAGACAAGGCAAAAACUUUCAUGAGGCUAUCAGCAGAGAAGGCUGGAAUAUCUGGCGACAGAUUGGGUAUUGCUUUAGAACCAGAGGCUGCUUCUAUCUAUUGUCAGCAUGUUUACCGUAAAAUGGAUGAAGAGUCUGGAGCCAUAUCUGGUCCUAUAAUUGUUAAACAAGGUGCAUCUUACUUAGUAGUUGAUAUAGGAGGUGGAACACUUGAUAUUACUGCCCAUCAGAAAGAAAUUCACAAUAAGGUCAGGGAACUUUGUCGUCCAUUAGGUGCAGCUUAUGGUGGGACUGCUGUAGACAGAGCUUUUAUGGAGAUUUUCGAGAAAAUAGUUGGGCCUACAGUGAUAGAAACUCUUAAAAAAGAAUACACUAGCUGUUAUUUUGAUUUAGUUAGAGGAUUCGAAAUUCUAAAAAGAAAAAUUGGUAAUCGGAAGAGCUCUAGACCAAAGAUAAACUUUCAAAUUCCCGUUGCAGCAUUAGAUACUUUAUGUCAGCGUUUCCUAGAAAAAUCUUUCACUCAAAUGUUAGCAGAUUCUGAAUACAAAGAUUCUCUGACUUUAAUCUCAGACAAGUUACAAAUGGACAAACAAGUAGUAAUAUCUCUGUUUAAAAAUACUACAGAACAUAUAAUAGAAGAAAUUCAAAUGACACUACGCCAGACAGAGCCUUCCGAUGUAACACAUUUCCUUCUAGUUGGUGGAUUCUCUGAGUCGGAUAUUGUUCAGAAUGCAUUAAAGGAAGCAUUCCCUGACAAAGAAAUAAUAAUACCUGAUGACCCAACCUUAGCAGUUGUAAGAGGAGCUGUUCUAUUCGGUCACACACCAGACUUUGUAUCGUCCAGAUUCACCAGGUAUGCAUAUGGACGGCGCAUACGUCCGGUAUUCGAUGAGUCAAAACAUGACAAGAAACGAAGUGUCAAAACAAAUGGACUAUUCAGAUGUAAAGAUGUGUUUGAACGUUUUAUGAAAAAGAAUACAUUCUGUUCUGUAGGGACGGUUUGUAAUUGUCAGUAUCACACGUUUGAAGAGAUGCAGAAGAAGAUUACAAUUGCUGUUUAUGUAUCCGAUAAUGAUGAUACUAAGUAUGUUGAUGAGGAAGGCUGUGAGAAAUUAGGAGAGCUUGUAGUAGAUAUACCUAAUCCUUCAAAAGAAAGACGAUAUGUUGAUGUAGAAUAUCACUUUGGGGGAACGGAACUCAUUGUUACAGCUAGAGUAAUAGGCACACAAGAAGAGCUCAAGGCUGAGUUUCAACUUAUAUAAUGUUAUAACCAUACAUAUAGCUUCUUCAGCAUUAUGAAAUAAAGUGAUAAUUAAUUAGCAAAAUAAAAUCGGGUUUUUUUUUGUUGAAAAUAUGAGUUAAUGGAUUCAGUUUUGCCUUCACCCACUAAAAUAAAAAAAAAAACAAAAAAAAA